AUGGCCAAAGAGGAAGUGAAAACCGUGGUUCCUGAAUCUGUUUUGAAGAAGCAGAAAAGGAACGAAGAAUGGGCUUUGGUGAAGAAGCAGGAACAGGAAUCAGCGAAGAAGAAGAGAUCUGAAACAAGGAAACUCAUUUGGAGCAGAGCUAAGCAAUACGCCAAGGAAUACGAUGACCAGCAAAAGGAGUUGAUUAGCUUGAAGCGUGAAGCCAAGCUUAAGGGUGGGUUUUAUGUUGACCCUGAAGCUAAGCUCCUGUUCAUCGUCAGGAUCAGAGGUAUCAAUGCCAUGGACCCAAAAUCAAGGAAGAUUUUGCAGCUUUUGCGUUUGAGGCAGAUCUUUAAUGGUGUCUUUCUCAAAGUUAACAAAGCCACCGUGAACAUGCUCCACAGGGUUGAGCCUUAUGUUACAUACGGGUAUCCUAAUCUGAAGAGUGUCAGGGAAUUGAUCUACAAGAGGGGCUAUGGAAAGGUUGACAGGCAGAGAAUUGCUUUGACCGACAACUCAAUCAUCGAACAGGUUCUUGGGAAGCAUGGUAUCAUUUGCAUUGAAGAUCUAAUUCACGAGAUCUUGACUGUUGGACCUCACUUCAGAGAGGCAAACAACUUCCUAUGGCCUUUCAAGCUCAAAGCUCCCUUGGGUGGCAUGAAGAAGAAAAGAAAUCAUUAUGUUGAAGGUGGUGAUGCCGGCAACAGGGAAGAAUACAUCAAUGAACUCAUUAGAAGGAUGAAUUAG